UGCCAAUGUUUUAAUCCUCUGCAUCCCCUUCCCGUUGUUUGCCUGGGUGGGUUUGGCUCGGUGGAUGUCAUUUCUCCUUCGAGGAGCUGGCACUGCCUGCGUGCAGGCAGCGUCCCUGAGUUGUGCCGCGGAGCAUCUCUCCUCCAGCUCCUCCACCAUCCUCUUUUGCGUAGACUGCUUCACCUCAGCAGAUGUAAUUAAGCCUCUUCCUGACGACAGCGUGAGUUCAGCUGGGCUCUGUGGCAAACCUCUUAGUUUGAUGGAGAGAACAUGUACAUGGGAAUGAACGACAACGCCCAGGACUUCCUAUCGGCCAACCAGACAUAUAAUGGCCAGAACGAGAGCAACGAAGACUAUGAGAUCCCUCCCAUAACACCUCCCAAUCUCCCUGACCCUUCCCUCCUGCACUUGGUGGACCACGAAGCUGGAUAUCACUCUCUGUGCCACAGCCUCCCUCCGAACAGCCUGAUACCAGCCUACCCCUACCAGAACAUGGACCUGCCAGCCAUCAUGGUCUCCAACAUGUUAAGUCAGGAUGGGCAUCUUCUCUCCAGCCAGCUCCCCACGAUCCAGGAGAUGGUCCACUCGGAGGCCACGUCCUAUGAGUCCAACCGCCAAGUGCCCCUGAUCAAUCGCCCCGGGAUGUUAGCUGGCCCCAUGAGUGCCCUCAGCCAGUCACAGCUGAUCUCUCAGAUGGGCAUGAGGAGCAGUGUUACCCACGGGUCCCCAUCACCCCCAGGAAGUAAGUCUGCUACACCAUCUCCCUCCAGUUCUACUCAGGAAGAGGAGACAGAGUCACACUAUAAGGUCACUGGAGAGAAAAGACCAUCAACAGACCUGGGCAAAAAGCCCAAAAGCCAAAAGAAGAAGAAGAAGAAGGAUCCCAACGAGCCCCAGAAGCCAGUGUCAGCCUAUGCCCUCUUUUUCCGAGACACUCAAGCAGCCAUCAAGGGGCAGAACCCCAAUGCCACCUUCGGGGACGUGUCCAAAAUCGUGGCAUCAAUGUGGGACAGUUUGGGAGAAGAACAAAAACAAGCAUACAAGAGGAAAACAGAAGCUGCCAAGAAGGAGUACCUGAAAGCCCUGGCAGCCUACAGGGCCAGCCUCGUCUCCAAGAGCUCUGCUGACCAGGGGGAAACAAAAAGUGCCCAGAGCAAUCCACCUUCCAAACUGAUCCCCCCCAAGCAGCCCAUGUACCCGAUGCCACCGCAGGCUUCCUCGCCCUACCCCGGCCUGGGCUCCUUCUUGUCCCCAUCAGACCUGCAGAGCUACCGCAGCCACCCCCACCCCGGCCUCCCCCGGACCCUCACCUCCAAACCCCUGCUGCCUAGCAUCAGUGCCUCCCCACCACCCUCCUUCCAAAUCAGUCCCCCCCUCCACCAGCAGCUCUCCUUGCACCACCCGCAGAGCUCCCUCCUCAGCCAGCCCCUCAGCAUGCAGCAGGUCCCCCAGCAGCCCCUCCUGUCCCCCCCCAUGGCACUACAGGUACAGCCCCCCAUGAACGCCUCACCUCCCGGGCAGCAGGACUUCUCCCAUCUUUCAUCUGAGUUUCAGAACAGCGUUGGGCCCCGUUCACCUGGUGCAUCAAACCCCCCAGGAAGCACUGAGUGGGACAACGACUACCCCAGCAGGGAGUGUGGGAUUAACCACUGCAGCAUGCUGCCAAGGGACAAGGCACUCUACCUCACCUAAACCUCACCAUCUCUUUCAGAGGAGGCUCUGAUGAAGGACACUUGAGAGGGUCUAUCUUACAGACUACCCAGAGAGGCACCGAGCGAGUCGUAGGGAUGAGAGAGCUACCACUGCACCUCGGCGCUGGCUUCGUUACCAGGCUCUAAGAGCAGUUUUCUUCUUCUCUUUCUUUUUUUCAGUUGAUUUCUCCUUUUAUUUUAUUUUUGAGGGGGGGAUAUUUUUUUUUGUUGUUUUAUUGUGUUUUUUUUUUAAGUCUACUUUCUGUGGAAGGCCAAAAAAAAAUAUCUUCCUGGCUUGUAAAGAACAAGAUAAAAAGAGAAAAAGAAUAAAUAA